CGCAUUUCCUCAAGGCUAUUUUGUGACUUUGUUGAUAUCAUAUCAUCCUAAGGUUAUUUGAAUUACAUGUCAUUUCUACUUUGUCAGUUAGGGGGAUAGAGACUCCUCGCGAACACCUAGCGCCAAAGUACAAGACAGUGCGAAACUAGGGUAGUCAAGGCCAAAACCAGCUCAAACCAUCCACUUUACACAUAAGAUCACUAAACCAGACAAGCUUUUGACGAGAGAGAGAGGCUUUAUUAUUAAACCAAUAGGAGAUGUCUUGUAUUGGUGGAUUCUUAGUCGGAAGCGAAGCUGCGGAGAGAUUGCGUGAUUAAGGGCAAAGUGAAUCAAAAUCGAUUGAAGUGUUCCGACGAGAAUUGGCCGUGAGAGCACCUUAUCCACGUACUAAAGCCGAGACAUUCAAAUCGAAACCUGGAGAAAGUGGCCACUGCCAUUGACUAAAAGGACAAGCAGGUGUGGAAAGGAAGGCGUUUGAAUACAGCACUUCUUGGGGAAAUAAAACCAAAACAAGGCCAUUAGAAACAAGCGGGCGUCUAUAUUGAUCACAAGUUAUUCAUUUCCUGGCGACUAAAAAGAAAGCACUAGGUUAUCAAAGAACUUGUGAUGGCUUGGUGAAGGGAGUGUCUGUUCAGUCUUCGUAAGAGAGGGUCAUAGAAAGAACUACCGAGAGAGUCGAGGCGUGAUAGGGAACUGUGCAAAACUUCAUUCAAGACCCGGCCAGAACCCAUUCAGCAGUAACUAUUGCAUCAUGAAUGACAGCGCAGUGGUCACGCCAAAGAAUAACCUGCCUUUACGCACCAACGCCGAGCUUGUUAUCGAGUCAUCGAUCGUGGUGUUUAUCGAUACACUUGCAAUCCUUGGGAACUUGAUGGUCGUGGUUGCUUUUACACGAAACAGAUACCUGCGUACAGUCACAAAUACGUUUAUAGUGACUCUAAGCUUGGCUGAUAUCGCUAUGGCGGUAUUUCCUAUGCCUCUGAGCGCUAGCGUUCUCGCCAAAGGGGACUGGCUCCACGGCGAGACUCUUUGUAUCUUGCAGGGAUUCAGUGUUCACUUCCUAGCGUUUGUGUCGCUACAGAUCAUGGCUUUGACUGCGUUGAAUCGCUAUUUCAAAGUGAUGCGCCCCUCUCAGUGUCGUAAAGUAUUCACCCAUCGUAAAACACUAUGUAUGGUUCUCGGGUCCUGCAUUUUUUCAGGUCUUGCCCUUGGGUUUGCGCUCUACCCACAGGCAUCCCAAUCAUUCAUCUUCCACCCCGGCAAAGUGAUCUGUGUACGUCUUCAUUACUCGUUCUUCGCGAGCCAGAUCUACACCAUCAUUUCCAGCCUAUUGUUCGUCGUCCUUCCCGCUAUGGUCAUCACUGGUUGUUACACGCAGGUCUUCCGUAAGAUCCGAAGUCACAACAAACGGCAACGCUACCUUCAGCGCGAGAACAUCAUCAGGAACCGAAUAGCAGUCAACGGGUGUAGCGGGUCUCCCGAGCGGCUAUCGACUGCUAACGAAUUGGGAUCGAUUCCACAAGGGCUGAGUCAAGCGGAAAUCAUCAUUACUCGUACGCUGUUCGGUACAGUGCUCGGGUUUUUCCUGUGUUGGGUUCCGUGUUUUGUGAUUGACAUUGUGGACGUUCUGGCCUCUGAUUGGCUUAAUCGAAGGGUAUAUCUAACGUAUACAUACCUCGCUUACACUUCGAGUGCAAUAAAUCCGAUAAUCUACGGGAUUCUGAACCCGUCUUUUCGAAAGGAGUUCACAAGCAUUCUGCGAUGUGAGAGUCCCCCGCGUUAGAGGGGGGGUGAAUAGGUUCGCGGAUAUGCGGAUUCAGCCCCGAAAUGCUCACGGAUUAAGGAUUUUGAUGAUUAUUUCAGCGGAUUGGCGGAUUUUUGAAAUACGGCGGAUCACGGAUCUGUUGACAAUUUGGGCACGGAAUUCGGAUUUUGACUGAUUUAACGGUCGAAUUUGGGAUUUUAAAAGAUGCUAUUGUUCAUCUGUCAAACCAUGCGGAUCUAAAAAUAUCUGCAGAUCCACGGAUUUGCCCCGAAAAUGUUGCGGAUCGGCGGAUUUACAUACCCCUAUUCACCCCCCCCCCCCCUUAGACCCCCCCUUAACUUUAUUACAUGUCAGACUUUAUUCCAUAGUAUUCAGACCAACAAAAACACAGAAAAGUUCACUUAUAAAGUGAUAUAUUAUCGUAGAAUAGCGCUACCUUGGACUGGUGGACCAUGGGUUAAUUAUAUUUGUCCAUAUCAGAUCAUACCCAACGGAAUCUAAAAAACCUUUUCUUACAGAUUUUGGAUAAAUAUGAAGAUUAUAUCAUUUAUCAACUAAAAAACGGAACGAUGUCAUAUUUACUGAUGUAUCAUGCUUGUCCUAGUAAGUUUGCCCCACCCCCUCCCCUCUGCAAUAUUGCAUGCCAUGUAAAACGGUUCAUUCGUUUUUUCAAUCGAUAUCUAUUCGCAGUAUCGUCGGGGCGAAGCACUACACUGCAAUCUCAUCUUCAACUGGCGAUACGUUUACGUACGUCCUCUAAAAAUGACAAACGACAAUAAUUAGUGAGACAUGGGAUGUAUUGUAAACAAACAAUAUAUUCUUACACAUUUAAAACUUUUCCGCAUAUUUUGUUUGAUGAGACAAGAAAAAAAAAAGAUUGUGCUUUUAGUAAAUGCUCAUUUUAACGCCAAGCUUUCAAGGUGCGUGAAAUAUUAAAUAAGCGCCCCUUCCAAUAAGCGUCCUACCCCCCCUACUCCCCCCCCCCCCAAAAAAAAAGAUGAGCGAACACAAGGCUUUUUGUUAUAAUUGUUUUUUGUGUUUUUUUUUUUUUUUUUUUGAACAAUGACACGUACUGGACUAUUUUUGCGAGCUGACCAUGUAUCAUUUAUUACUGACAGAUGAUUUAUUUUGAAUUACAUUUUAUGAUAAUGGAAUAAAGACAAGAAAAUGCA